CGUGACGUCGGACAGGAUCAUGGCGCUAUGGAUGAGCGGUGUUUGGUGAUAUGUCAGAGCUACUGAUUAAUUUAAUUUGCCCGUAGUUUGGGGGCUUUUAACAACAUGACUGUACAUAUAUCACAGAUGAUACGUCGCGAUAGGUAAUUACGUGUUCUCGUCUCUAUGGACAACGGAACACUACAUUCGGUAGCAGUGUUUGCUGUCGUCAGCUGAAAGUGUUAGCAUCAACAUGCUAGCUGAGGCUAGUUAGCUGGUUAGCAGCGGGUAACCAAAACAGACAUAAAUUAUGCGUCUUGCUGAAGUCUACAUUGACGUUAAUCUCACUGUAACAAAUGAUCCUAAACUAAAUUUAGAAUCAAACCGGCCGUUUUUUGUUUAGGACGAGCGAUUCCGGUUAGCCAACAUUUCGUUAGCUAAGCUAGGAGGAUGAAGAGCAGCCGCCAUGGAUGUGUUUUGGUGCUGGUCACUGGGAUUUUCAUGUUGGCGUUUUGUUUCUCUGAAGGUGCCCCUCUUCGGCAUCAUCACAAAGCAGAUCGAAGUGUAGGCGACAAUCUGUCUGCCUCUCUCUACCUGUCCUUAGUGGUGUCUCUGACAGCACUUGUGGUCUUGGUGGUGUUGAUGGUGAACUGUGUGACCUGCUGCAAGGAAAGGGAAAUCAACUUUAAGGAAUUUGAGGACCACUUUGACGAUGAGAUCGACUUUACCCCACCGGCGGAGGACACGCCUUCUAUGCAGUCUCCAGCUGAGGUGUACACCCUCGCUGUGUCCCCUGUGGCACUACCUGGACCUCCACAUCUCCAACCUCCUGCCCGUGUCACAGAGGGAUCCACAAGCUUCCAGGUUGCACGUCACAAUCUGAGUUACAUCCAGGAGAUUGGCAAUGGCUGGUUUGGCCAGGUCCUUCUGAGUGAAAUCUACACAGAUCCAGGUGGCGCCAGGGUUGUUGUUAAAGAGUUGAAAGCAAAUGCAAGUGCCAAGGAGCAGAAUGACUUCCUGCAGCAAGGGGACCCAUACAGAGUGCUGCAGCAUCCAAACAUCUUACAGUGCCUCGGACAGUGCGUUGAGGCCAUUCCCUUUCUGCUUGUCUUUGAGUACUGUGAAAUGGGGGAUUUGCGGGGCUAUCUGUCUCAGCAGGAUUGGAUGUUCAGAAAUGCUGAGUUGCUGCAACUACAGAGGAUGGCCUGUGAAAUUGCUGCUGGUGUCACCCACCUUCACAAACACAACUUCCUGCACAGUGAUUUAGCUCUGAGGAACUGCUUCCUGACUGCAGAUCUGACUGUCAAAGUGGGAGACUACGGAAUAGGACCUUACAGAUACAAAGAGGAUUACAUCAUCACUGAGGAUGACGAAUUUGCUCCCCUUCGCUGGUUGGCUCCUGAGCUGGUGGGCGAGCGCCAUGGGGGUGUGAUCACUUUAGAGCAGACCAAGCACAGCAAUGUGUGGGCCUUGGGGGUGACAUUGUGGGAGCUCUUUGAGAAUGCUGCACAGCCAUACCCACAUCUGUCUGACCGUGAAGUCCUCAACCAUGUGAUCAAGGAACACCAAGUCAAACUCUUUAAGCCACAGCUGGAGCUGCCUUAUUCUGAGAGAUGGUAUGAGGUCCUCCAAUUCUGCUGGCUCUCUCCGGACAAGCGGGCUACAGCAGAAGAAGUGCACCGCUUGCUUAUCUACUUGCGCAUGCAAGGUCAAAAGGAUAUAGAAGAAGAUUUUGAGCAACGCUGGGAUGCUCUCAAACCAAACCCCGCCACACGGCUGACCACUGUUAGCCAUUCCUCUUUUCCUAUCUUGGAACAGUUUGCUGAUGAUGCUUUGCGGCAAGAGAUCGACGAAGUUCUCACUGUCACUGAAACCAGCAAAGGUCUCAGCUUUGAGUACGUUUGGGAGGCAGCUAAACAUGACCACUAUGAAGGCAACCACGCCCGUUCAAGCAUAGACACAACGCUGAACUAUCAAAGCAUGUUCUUUCCUGUCUCCAGUGAAGACAUUCAGGCCCAUUUCCCCGAUCCAGCAGCCAGAGCAGUGGCUACAGGGGGUGGUAACAUUGAGUCAGGAAUAUCUGGGAUUCUACCAGUGUUUGAUGCACAAAACUCAAGCAAUGGAAAUGAAUAUUACAUACAACUAGAAGAACAAGGGGAAAGUACAGUUGGAGAACAUGGGAAUAUGGGGCAAGACAUGGACUUUAGUUCAGGCCAGGCAGAUUUUGUUGUUCUUCAAGAUGUCCGCCUGGAUGAGUCCAGCACUGAUGCCGACUUUUUCCACCAAAGCAUUGACUCCAAGGAUUCUUAUUUACCAGACAGUCACAUCUGGUCAUCUCUUGAAAAUGACAGCCCAUACCACACCAACAUUUUUACAGAGGGAGGGUCAAGGCUUGAGGAGUCGCCUUCCUGGAGACAGAAUUUCAUGGAGCUUCCGGAGCGUAAUGGGAACCCUUUCCAUGAACACGUACCUUUGGAAGUUCAGGAGGCAGGUCAAGAUAAACACUAUGGGAAUUCUUUUUUAGUGGAUUGUUCAGAAGUCUCUCACCAGGCAGAUCCUGUGAAAGUGGAGGGGGAGAACACAGACGUAAUGAGGCUUCUGAACACUGAAAAACCAGCGGAAAACUUUAUGUUUUUCAGAGACCAGAAUCUAACGAAAGAUGGAUCAAUUUUCUCACAGCCACAGCAGAAUUUUCUUUCACCGGGUUUAGCCCAUGAACCAGAACAAACAUUCAAAAUGAGUUCUUGGGACAACCUCCAGAAUUUAGGCAGCUUAAACACAGUAGACACUUAUUUAAAACCCCCAGUAAGUAGCACAUUCCCAAGACAAGAUCCUUUAGACUCCCCAAGUACCAGCUUGGGGGAGUUCAGUCAGUCUCUGGUAGAAAAUGAAACACUGGUGCCUUCCAUUACAGUGGUCACGGAAGAUAACAUAAGCAAACAAAUGCUAGUUCAAAAUAGUUCUUCCACUGAAGACCUUGCUCUUCUGCAACCCUCAGACAGAGGUAUAGACUCUGGUUUUGAUUCUACCUCAGAGAGGUUUAAUCUUGAUAUUAGUCAAUCCGAUGAUCACACCCCUGUAUUCUCUGAAAGUGCCACCAUAGACUCAUUGUGCACAGAUGCCAAAAUUCCCAGCCUUGAAGAAGAUGACCUUGGAACCUUAAACGAUAGUUCACAGCUCGUAGAAAGUGUAACACCUGAAAACCUUCAAGACCACGCCUUGUUCUCACACAGUGAAGACCUAACAAGCCACGAUCUGUUGAGUGAGCUACUUGAGGAUGCAGAUGUUGAACUGGAAACCACUCUGUCUGACCAUGAAGAAUCCUUCAUAGAUACUCAUGGGGAACCCCUUGUGAGGUCUUCUCUGUUGGUCUCUGGGCCAUCUUUGGACCAGAUCAGCCAGGACAGUUUGCUCGAAGACAGCAUGUCCACAACUCUACCAACUGUAGACAAUUCAGCCGAAACCCCAGACUCUCUAGACUCCCUUGACAUCCACCGGCUUGGGGAACAGGGGGUCGAGCUGAACAGUCAUGUAGCACAACACAAACUCCAUCCUCCAUACAAAAUUGCAGACAGUGGAUACGAGACGGAGAACCUAGAGUCUCCUGAAUGGAAUUUUCAGCCUAAUGUUUCUGUCCCCUCCCCGGUAAAAAAUGGCAUGGAAGUUGCCAAAGAAGAAGAAGAAGAAAUGGAAGACAGCACUGCUGCAACAAGUCUAAUUCCACCUGAAAUCAUCAUUUCUGAAGUGCAAGGUGUGCUGGAUAUUCACAGUGAGAAUCACUGUGAGGACCAGCAGCCAGAUCCCAUAGCUCCUGCUGAGGAGCCGCUCACUGGGAGUAAUUACAGGGACUCUGCCUACUUUUCAGACAAUGAAUCAGAACCUGAAAAGAAGUCUGAAGAAAUUACUGGAGCGCCCGCUGAAGCAACAUGGCUGAGAGAGCUGACAGACGAGGUUAACGCGACCUCCGACGGUCUGGCACCAGAGGUUAAUGAGGAAAAAGAGGUAACGUCUUUAUUUUCUGUAGAUGAAACUCAAGUUGGGGGCUUGUCAUCAGAGGCCGUUUCAGACAUCACGGAGAAUUGUGAGAGGACAGCAACCAACAGCCAAAGUGAAGAUGAAAACAAGUUGGACUCUUUCAGGGACAAGACAUCUCCUGAUCAGCCAGCACCUUCAGAGGAUCCAGAGGCCUCAAGUUCACUUCCUUCUGAUACACCCUUAAAGCCUGAGAAUGCAGUUCACGCUAAACUGACCAGGACGUAUGCCAGUGAUGGUCAUAAAAUAAAAGAGCCGGACAUGGAGGGGCGUUACUUAGGGAAGCGGGACGGAUCGGGUUUAGAUGCACAGGAGGACGGUGUGGAUGCGGAUGAGGAGGACGAGAACAGCGACGACUCCGACGACGACAUUCGUGCAUAUCAGCUUCACAGCUCCAGCUCAGAUAGUGAGGACGACGUUGUGCACACAGUGCCGAUUGUUGUCUCAGAUGACAGUAGUGCAAAGAACCUGAAGAGCUUGCUGAAACCCACCACGCUGAACAUUGACGCGUCGUCCUCCCCAUUUCCUGAGAGGUUCAAUGCCGAUAACUCCAGAAGGGCUGUGUCCUUCUUUGACGACGUCACCGUCUACCUGUUUGACCAGGAGACUCCCACGAAGGAACUGGCUGACCACUCUUCAGGCUUAAACAGUCAGGUGCCAGAGUUGAGCAGCCCCGUGUCCAAUGCCAGCUACUUGAACCGCUUCACCAACUCUGAGAGCUCCACAGACGAAGAAGGUGGUGGUUUUGAGUGGGACGAUGACUUCUCCUCCCCGUCGCCUGCCUUCUUGCCCAAGAUGGAUAAAAACCCAGCAUCUAAGGCCGUGUCCUCAUCUGCAGCAGCUCACUUUUCCUCUCCACCCACUGUAGCAGGGCGUGUGCUGGAGCCCAGCUGGACCAGCUCCUCAAACUACUCCCGAUUUUCCAUCUCGCCCGCAAGCAUCGCUAGUUUCUCCCUAACACAUCUUACAGACUCUGACAUCGAGCAAGGGGGAAGCAGCGAAGAUGGUGAAAAAGACUAGGGUGAUUUAAAAAAAAAAAAAAAAAAGGAUAUUUACUGCCACACCACUGAGAAAUGAAGCUACACACUCGCAUGUUUGAGAAACGGAGAACGGCCGAAUAAGGACCGAGGCCACGCUCUGUGGGGGGCAAACCGUGGAGGCUUCCUUCACGCGGCGCUUUUCCUCAUGGAGUUGGCUGCGGGAACAGGUUGUGAACUAACUUUCAGCAAAUAAGACAAGACAAGGAAGGCUGACCUCAGCCUGAGUCACAUCACCUCCUCAGCUACAUCCGUGUGUGUGAUUUCAGUUUAGUGUGACGACUAAAAACGAACCUAGUCCCUAAAUGUUUGCUUUAAAGACUCAUCAAGCUCAUUCCAAGUGUUUGGCUGCUGCUUUUUUGUUGUAUGUCAAAUUGCACUCCUCCCUAGACAUUUUGCAUCAAUUCAAAAAAGAAGAAGAAGAAAAAAAGAAGAAAGAAACUAUUUAUGUUCUUCAUGGACACCCUUAGUUGGCGAACUUCAGCCAAGUAGGAAUAAGACCCAAAGGUGAAGAUGCAAGCCUUUUCUGCACCAUUGUUAAUUUAGCUCUGUCUGUAUGUUGUGCAAUUAUUUCAGUGGUUGCCUUUUUAUAAGUAGAGUAACUUCCUUUGUGUAACAUUUUGUUGGGUGUAGUCACGAUCUCCUAAAUGGAGAGAAAUCACACGGUAUCCUUCUGUAGCAUCGUUUGAAAAAGAAGAAUCCAUGAAUAGGACGUUUGUAAAGCUAAUAAUCUCAGAGGUGAUGCACUGUUUGAUAAUUUAUCUAUGUUUCAUAGGAGAAUUGUGGUUUCGUAUUUUUGAAACGUCUUGGGUGUUAUUUGAUAAGGAUUAUCGUAUUAAUCCUUAAGGGGGGGGUGGGGUUUGAGGAAAAGCCUAAACACGUAAUUUAUGUUAAUUUUAUGCUCUGAACUGAGCAGCAAGCUGCUCGGAUGGUUUUGUCUCAUCUCGUCGCAUAUCACGAUACUUGUCGAUGUUGUAAAGACGAAUUAACUAUCACUACAGAAAUUUCGAAUCACACGUUGAGCGAGAUUGUGUACAUAAAAAAAAAAGGAGUGUGAGAUUUUAUUUUUAAAUGUCAAGAAUCAAGAAAUGUAUUGAAAAUGUUUGUAAAAAAAAAAUAUAAUGAAAAAGAAAUAAUGUGCAAUGAAUCUUCGUUUUUUUUUCCAGAGAUCAUAGGAUGACUUGAGGCAAAUGAGGCGGCAUUUCUUAAGUAAUGUGCAGGGACUUAAAGCUUUGUUAAGAAAAAAUAAUACUACUAGAACAAAACACUGCUGCUUUUGUCAGUGACAUGAACAGAGUUGUCGGUCUUUGUUUCUUUUUUUUUUUACUUUUGUGUCUGUUCAUAGGACGUUCUCCUAAAGAAAUCAUUUGUCCACUUAAAAGUGAGAGCGUUGAAUCUUUGCAUCUUCUCUUUUGCGGGCCAUCCAUCGCCUCUGAGGCUCCAGCUCCAGAGACUGUGUGUGUGUGUGUGUGUGUGUGUGUGUGUGUGUGUACAUUGUUUCAUGUACAGCUACAAAAUCAGUUAUUCCAAACUGUUAUCUGUUGAGUUAAACAAUUGACGUAUGGUUCUUUCCUUUCAACUCCACAAACACCCCAAAAUGUCACCGACGACUUGGUGAACAGCUCCACCUGUAGUAGAAUAUCGUCCACGUCCUCCCUCACUGUAUCUUACGUGACGUGAACCUCUGUUGAAAAACCAGCAGCCUGUGCUUCAGUUAAACUUGAACAUUUUAUUUAAGGACAUUUACUUUUAUUUGACGACAGUAUACAAUUGCUUUAUCUUGCACAUUUGAGAAAUGUAACUUAAUGUUGAACUGUACUGAUGUAUAUAAAUGUUAAUUUUUUUUUUGUCUGUAAAUGGGGGAAAAAUAAUGGAACUGAGUAACAGGUAUGAGGUUUCACUUUGUAAUUUAAAAGCUGAGUUGAUCAGAGGAACAUAUCACCGUCGUUGGUCUAUACAACCGUUAAAUUAAGACACAGGAGUGGAUGUGAGUUCAUUCUGUCCUUUAAACCUUGUAGAUUUUAAAACUGAUAUUUUUACUUCAUAUUGAUCAUGCUAAGUGUAAUUGAAUGAAAUGUUUAUAAUUACACAGUUUAAUAUGAAAAUAAAUGCAAAUGAACUUCUAA